AUGGAAUCUAAUAAUUCAGAUGGAGAUAUCAGUGAUUCCGAGUUAGCGACUUGUGAGAUGCCCAUAUCGACAUAUUUAGAAGGUGAUAGGUCCAAAGAGACUAAGCAAAAGUGUGUAAUAAAAAGGAAAACAAGAGAAGAUAAAGACAAUGAAGACGAGGAAUUUACAACCGUCACUAAAAGAAAAUCUAAACGGAUUGAGAGGGUUCCUCAAGAAACUGAGGAGCAACAUAACAAUGAGAGAACUUCUGUGAAAGAUUUAGAAUACUAUGAAGUGUGUGUAACAUCAUUGGAAUAUUUACCAAAACAAAUGGCGCUUGCAAAAUUACUUCGAACACAAAAUAUUAGGAAUAUUACUAGAAUUAAGUAUAAGAGUCCAUUUAAAGUGCUUAUUCAGUUCAAGCAAAAAGAAGAUGCUUUACUUUUGAUGAGUUGUAAGAAGUUAACGGAGAUGGGUGUUAGAUGUCAACUUAUGAGUGAACUUUCUUUAUCCUAUGGUGUAGUUAAAGGCGUUGAUCUUGAUUUAACUGAAGAAGAAAUCAUAAAAAUCUUAGAGUCAACUAUAGAAGUUUUGUCUAUAAAGAGAUUAAAACGCCUAAAUGCAGAUGGCAAAUGGAUUGACAGCGAAUCGACCACAAAUAAGAAUAAAAGCCACCAUGAAGAAGCAAUAAUUGAAGAAACGCAAGGACAGUACCGUGAAGAAGAAAUACAAAAUGCUAAUAGGAAUGAAGAGGUAUUACAUAAAUUAGAACUAAAAAAAAUACUGUUACGGCUAAAAAAUAUUAUCUUGUCGGAAAACACAUUUGAAGAAAAAUGUAUAUUAGUGUUUAAAGUUAUUGUUGAUGAAUUCAAAAAGAAUGUUAUAAAUGUUCUAUUAAGAGGAGGGAUGUUAGAGAGUGUUAUUAACCUAUUUAAUGGAUAA